UAUGAGUACACAUUCUCAAAGCAAUGGUGAAAGUAUUAGCAUUGUUGAUGGUGAUGAGGCAUUGAAAUCUCAAGGAGGCGUGGAUGUUACUGAAGAUAAAUUGGUUUCAAUUAGUUCUGUCAGCUCUUCGGCUGAUGAUCGAAGUGUUGGAAAUAGUACUGAUGAAGAUGUUCAAGACAAUGCUGAUUUAGAAGAACGUGAAGAAUUGUUGGCUACUGGUGAUGAGCUUCAAGAGACUGAUGUGGAAUUGAUUGAUUCUGGUAAUGAAGUUUCUCUGUUAGAUGAGAAACAUGAGGCUGCCCGUGGACGAGCUAUUUCUCGACUUAUUGGAUUUAGUUUGGUUUUGAUUAUAGUGCCGUUAACUGCGAUGUACUUGUCAUAUCGAUUUAUUUUUACUGGUAAUUUUUAUAAAAAGAUUAGUUUUAUUAUUUUGGUAGCAACAAAUUAUUUCCAUUUGCCUCGUGACAAAGCUGUUUUGUAUGGUGGACUUGUUGCUGCUGCUUUAGUUUAUGUUAUUUUGGGUUUGUUUGCGUGGAUUGCUUAUAAAGAUGAACAACAAACAGAAAUAACUGAUGAUAAAACUAAAAACGUGGAAAGUAAAAAAAUUGAUUAA